AUGCCCGACCCGAUCCCGGCCGAGACGCCGUGCCGACGCUCGAGGCUCGAGGUUCUGGCCGCAGGCCCGGGCGCGAAGCGCACGCUCACCGUGAAGGCCGCCGUCAGGCUCCCCAAGGAUUUGCCGCAAAUGCAGGUCCGCAGCACGGGCGCGGCCUGCUUUGUACUCCGCUUCUCGCCAGACGGCUCGCAGAUUGCAGGCGGCUUCUACGACGGCGGGCUCCGCAUAUACGACGUGGACACGGCGUCCAUGGAGCACUGCCUGAACCUUCCGCCGCUCCAGUCGCCGAAAGCGGAUGUCGUCGCUGCACGGUGCCAAUCCAGUGAGAGCCCCCUGUGCGGGCGCCGCUGCGUGGGAGGGAAGGAC